UCGGGAGUCGGGACGGACAGGGCAACCGACGGCGGGCAUCCACCGGCGGAUCAACGGAGGGUCAUGCGAAUCCGCUGCUUCAGCGGCUAUAUCAACCGCCUCCCGAAAGCAAAGACGAAUGGAUCUUAACUUCAGUAGUAGCACAGCGAGAUCAGCAGCAGCAGCAGCAAUGCAGCACGCCGCGCAGGACCCCAGCGCCGCCGCCUUCUACUCCGCCGCCGCCGGCCUCUACGCCAGCGCCCACCCGCCGGUGCCGCUCCCCGCCGACCCGGGCCUCUCCCUCGUCCCGCACAUCUUCUCCCGCCUCCCGCUCGGCCCGCCGCCGCCGCAUUCCCCGCCGUGCCUCCUCGACGCCGCCACCGCCGCCUCCCUCUCCCGCGCCGACUUCCGCCGCCUCGUAUCCUCCCUCGCGCGCGGCCUCCGCGGAGCCCACGACAUCCGCGCCGGCGCCUUCGUGCUCCUCGUCCUCCCCAACUCCCUCGCCUUCCCCGUCGCCUUCCUCGCCGUCCUCGCCGCCGGCGGCGUCGCCACCACCAUGAACCCCUCCAGCUCCCGCGCCGAGAUCGCCGACCGCCUGCGGGACACCGCCCCGUCCCUCGUGCUCGCGUCGCCCGACAACGCCGCCAAGCUCCCGCCCUCCGCCGCCCCGGUCGUCCUCGUGCCGGAGACGUUCCAUCCCACGCCCUCGGCGGGCCACGAGUUCGCGCCCUUCCGCGCGCUGCUCGAUUCCGACGCCGACGACCUCCCAUCGGCGGAGGUUGGCCAGGACGACGCCGCCGCCGUCCUCUACUCCUCGGGGACCAGCGGACGGAGCAAGGGCGUCGUGCUCACGCACCGCAACCUCAUAGCCAUGGUCGAGCUCUUCGUGCGCUUCGAGGCGUCGCAGUACGCGCGACCUGCUUGUGACAAUGUCUACCUGGCCGCGCUGCCCAUGUUCCACGUCUACGGCCUCUCCCUCUUCGCCGCGGGCCUCCUCUCGCUCGGCUCCACCGUGGUGGUCAUGAGGAGGUUCGACGUCGGCGAGGCCGUCAGGGCCGUCCACAGGUAUAAGGUCACGCACUUGCCGCUCGUGCCGCCCAUCAUGGCGGCGCUGCUGAGGGCCAAGGCCACGGGCGCCUCGUCAUUGGACUCCUUGGUGCAGGUCUCCAGCGGUGCAGCUCCACUCAGCGGCAAACUUGUUCAGGACUUUAUCAAGGCUUUCCCACACGUCGAUUUCAUUCAGGGCUAUGGCAUGACAGAAUCUACUGCUGUGGGAACUCGUGGUUUCAAUACCUCGAAGCACAAGAAGUAUGCAUCUGUAGGUCUUUUAGCCCCAAACAUGCAUGCCAAAAUUGUUGAUCUGGAAACUGGCUUAUGUUUACCUCCUGGCUCUUGUGGGGAGUUAUGGCUCCAUGGGCCAGCUAUAAUGAAAGGUUACUUGAAUGAUGAGGACACAUGCACGAGAAACGAUGGCUGGUUGCAGACUGGUGACCUUGCUUACUUUGAUUCAGAUGGUUACUUAUACAUAGUGGGCCGUUUGAAAGACACUAUCAAGUACAAAGGAUUUCAGAUAGCUCCAGCUGACCUUGAAGCAAUUUUGGUCCAGCACCCUGAAAUUGUUGAUGUUGCUGUGACAUCUGCUGAAGAUGAAGAAGCUGGAGAGAUACCAGUAGCUUUCGUGGUGAGGAGAUCUGGAAGCCAUCUGACCUGUGUGCAAGUGAUGGAGUAUGUGGCCAAGCAGGUGUCCCCGUACAAGAAAGUUCGCAAGGUGAUAUUCGUGGAGGCAAUACCCAAGUCAGCUGCUGGCAAGGUUCUGAGAAGGCUUCUCAAAGACUCUCUGCGCAUUGAUGCUGCUGCUUCCCGUUCAGAUCACACCAAACCCAGUGCAAGGCUGUAAACGGAGUCGAGCAGCUUCCAUCGAAAUGGAUGAAAUACAUGUGUUAGCUGCUGGAUGUUUUUGGUGUGCGAUUGGGAUUGGUUCACCAGGGAUUGGGAUUGCUCGUGAUUGCAUACUAGCAGUACCAUACCAUGCUCCCAUAGGAUGUGUCUGAGUCCGUCACUGGAAUACAUGUCUGUGUGCUAUUAUAGUCUAUAGAUAGAUUCGUCAGGAAAGACUGUUGAUUGGAACACCAUUUCGUAUUAUUACCUUGUUGAAGGUGU